CACUUGCCUCGGCACUUUCGACCUCGACACAUCGGCUCCAAGGUGUCUUAGGUACGAUCCGUCGUCAGAGUGUUGUUGAAAGAACUUCUUAAUCCGGAUUUAUGUCAGUUGCUUGUUUUAGUGAUUGUGAGAAUAUCUCUAUAGACAAGUGAUUUGAUAAUUUGUUGGUGUUUUGGUGUGAUUUUGACUAAACGAUUUUGUUUGUUCACACGUGAUCCAGUUACGUCUCUAGUUAGACGUUUACUCUAUUUGAUAAUAUUACGGCCGAAUCAUUGAGCUGGAUUAUCAACGAACCGCCGGCAAUUUUAUAAGAGCCGGCGGAAACAUGUGCGACGGUGCUACUUUUCCAGACUCACUUAGGAGUAUGCAAUGUUUGACUGGUGCAUCUCCAAAUUCUAAUGAGGUUGGACCAAUGGCGGUGGCCAUUCCAAAUACACUUGCGACGAAUAAGAAACCACAGACAGAACAUAUCAAGAGACCCAUGAAUGCCUUCAUGGUGUGGUCCAGAUUACAACGAAGAAAAAUUGCACAGGAGAAUCCCAAGAUGCACAAUAGUGAAAUCUCCAAAAGAUUAGGAGCUGAGUGGAAACUAUUGCCAGAAAGUGACAAACGCCCAUUCAUUGAUGAAGCCAAAAGAUUACGCACAGUCCACAUGAAAGAGCAUCCCGAGUAUAAAUACCGUCCUCGACGUAAACCAAAGACACUGAGGAAGGAAGGGUAUCCUUACAGCAUUCCCUAUGCUAGUGUGUCAAUGGAUGCUCUUCGAGCAGGGAUGGCUGGUGGAAUGGGUCAAGCAGGGAUGAGUACUUAUUACGGACCAGCAGCAGCAGCAGCUUAUGGACCUCUAACCAGCAUGGCCGCAGUGGCUGCCGCUGCCCAGCAGUCUGCCGCUAUGUCCGCUGGCCUCGGGGCACCUGGCCAGGUCGUGAGCUCAAUGGAUGCCAUGAAAUACUCAAUGGUGGAAGCAGACAAAUAUCGAGCAGCCUACAUGCCACCAAGCACCUUAACAAUGUCGAUGUAUUCGGAUCCAAAAUAUUUAGACACCAGUCCCAAGUAUCUGGAACGAAGCUAUUUAGAUUCUGCUAAAGCUUAUUUCGAGCAAUCCAAACUUUACAUGGAUAAACCAAACAUCAAUGACUACAACAGAACUGGUUAUGAAACCAACAAACUUUAUGAAGAUUCAAGUCCAAUUCAGGGUGCUAAUCGUUCACCAAGUUCGGAUUCACCAGAUAUGAUGAAGCAACACAGUGUUUCUGAAAGAACAGAACAGCACAGUUCAUCAAGUGCUAGUGCAACAUCAACUCCAACCUCAUCAGCAGCAAGUCCUGGUGCUUCUAUUCCUGCUUAUUACCCUGGAUCUGUCCAAGGUGGUGGUCUAUUAGCACCACAGGUCAGUCAAUAUGGCGGUUAUCCAACCACAGCGACUCCAGGAAACGAUUUCCGACGUCCUCUGACCGUUAUCUUCUGACCCGAUAGAGCAUAGCUUCAGUCUCUUGUAAGCAAAUAUCCAACUCUAUAAAUACAUAGGUGUUUAUCUGCCAAUUAUUGUUGUUAAAUAGUUUAUUUAAAGCUCCGUGUGUAUCGUGUUUGCUUUUCUUGUUAUAUACAAGAAACUAAAUAUUUACUGAGCUACAGGGUUUAGGUCAUACACUAGUGAGAACCCAAAGGUUGGAAACAUAUUUUUGGAGUUGCUAUUUAAAAAUGGCAAUUUGAUGUCAGGACCUGUUGUUUUGAUUACCUUUUUUAAUUGGCAUUAUUUAUAGUUUUAACGUUCAGAGACUUUGCUUGGACUUGAAGAUUUAUUUAAUGUUACUCGGAAUUAUUCAAUCAACUGUAAUAAACUAUAAGGAGAAGACGAUGAAGUUUAAGAAGCUUUUUUAUGUGAAAUUUAACGAUCGUUAAUUUUUGUUUGGAACUUUUUUCUCUAUUUUUUGUAAUUUAACGACAAAAUUAUGAUAACAAUAGAGAAAUGAUCAGAAGAAAUUUUGCUUAAUUUUAAAAUUUUAAUUGUAAUUUUAUGGCUAAACUUUAGCAAAUAGAGAUUUGAGAGUCAAUACCUUUCGUACGUAAAAUUGUAUUUUCUACAAGCUUUGUUCGAACUUUUUUUCUGUAUCUGUCACCAUUUUUGAAAGAGUCAUAAAUAAAUAACUUUUACAGCCUUAUUUUCAACUUUUAUUCAAGAAUUCAAAUUUUAAUGUUCUUGUCGAUAUUGCUAAAAAAAAUGAAACUGAUCAAAUUGUCAUUUUUUAAAUCUUCAAUCACAUCUACUAGGGUAUGAAAAAUCUUUUUAUAUCGAAUCAAAAAACAAAGAUAGCUCAUUGUGAUUUUUUUUUCAAAGGGAUUCUCUUACAAUACGAAGGGAAGUCGAUGUAAAUAUUUACCUGUAGACUAUUAAAUAACUAUAAAUAGACAUUUAGAAAUUAAUUAGCAUUAACGAAA